UGAUUGUAGUUAGCGGAUGUUUUGAGAAAAAAAAAAAACUUGAAAAAAUAAAUUAUUUGAAAUUAUUUUAAAGUUAAAUAUUCUUUCAAAGUCAAUGAAAAAAAAAAUCGCCUCUAGGAACUCAAACAUAAUAAUUUCAAAAUGAAAAUCUUUCUCUCAGAAAUUUCAACUGUUAAAUACAUUUUGAUUAUUAAAAGCAAAAGAAAAAGUUACAUCUAACUUUUUAUCUACAAGGAAGAAACAAAAAAAUUUAAGGAUUGCAGUCAGGUCCACAAUCAACUCCUAAUAAAACCUUUAGCGCUUUCAUUGUUCAUUGUUUUGUUCUGGUCUGGUCUGCUGCUGCAAAAGGACUUAAACAAACCAACCGACUUAUGUUACCUCCUCUGAAAUAAUCAAUAGACCCGAGUUAAUAAACCAUUUGUUUCCACACUGAUAAAUCAAGUCCAUCUGUACGAAUUUUAAGCUGACCGAAAGAGGCGAGGUAUUGUUGUACGAACGAUGCGAAAAGGAUUUAUGUUUGAAGUGAUGCUGGGAUAGCAUCAAACGAACACAAACGCAAUAAACAAUGGCAAGAAAAUAUACCAAUUCGAGCCAGGGGAGCCUCUGUGAACGAGGAUCUUGACGAUAAAUAUUCCAUUCAAUAUCGAGAUAUGAUUUGGACGGGCAUUUCAAUCAUAACUCGAGCUAUCACUGUGAUAAUGAACAUCAAUUUGGCCUUAAACUAUUACCAAAAUGGUAAUUUCAACUGUUUCAUUUGGACGAGUGCAAGCAUUGUUAUUCCAACUAUUGUAACAACUCUUAUUCAUGCCACUAUGUGUCUUCAAGAUCGUGAUUUGAAUCAGGAAGUCUUAAAAGUGCCCUGGAUCACACUUGUUUUGUCCUUUUUGUUUCGUUAUUGGAACGUUCUAUUUUAUGCUAUAAAGUGUAAAAAAGCCGAGUGUAAUAGUGACCCCGAAUCCCAAAAAAAGUUUUACAAACUUAAAAUUCGCGAAGAGAGCGAUGUUGCAUUUAUACGCAUUUUCGAUUGUUUUUUGGAAGCAGCUCCCCAAAAAAUUUUACAAAUAACAAUUGUUUUGUCGCUGCCAGAAAGAAUUUCAACCCUUCAAACUGUUGUUAUUUGUGGAUAUUUUGGAACUAUGGCUUGGUGCUUGUCAGAUUAUCAUCGAUGUAACCGAUAUGCUCAAAUUGAUAAACAAAAAAUGGAAACAAAUGGUUUUGUACUCCAAUUAUGUUGGCAUUUUUGUGUUUCAGUAUCACGCAUACUUUGUUUAUCAUUAGUUGCUAGUCUUUUCCCGCUGUGGACCCUCUUUGGUUGCAUUAUGCAUAGCAUAUUUUUUGGCGUCCUAACUUACCUAAUAGAUUAUCCCCAAUUUUGUGCAGUUUCUUUGGGAAAAUUUCUAUUUUGCAUGAUCUUGGGAUUUGUCUAUCUAUUUACUUAUAUUAUGCCAAAAGAUGGACGGACCAGGAAUAAAUAUAUAAUUUAUUAUACAUUGAAUUCGUUAGAAAAUAUUGCGUGUGUUGCUUUGUUCAUAUUGUUUUCGUCGGAUAGCAUGCGCUCAUCGAUGUUAUUUUAUCCUUUAUGUAUACUUUCUGUAGCAUUUUAUUAUAUUGGAAUUUUAUGUAUGAUUUUAUAUUAUACACGAUUUCAUCCAAAAAUCACAGCUCGAUCAUCUAAAUUGAUAUUAAAUUAUGCUUUAAAUAAAUAGUUUUAGAAAAGUUAUGAAAAUAUAUAAUAAUUAUACAUACAUAUACAAUUUUUUAAGGUAACUACAGAAUAUAUUUAAGUUAACUACCUCUCAUUAUGUAAAUGCACCUCAGUUUAAUUAAAUAAGAACGUAUUUGUAUGUAUUAAGUUUUCUGA